AUGCACGGGUUCAGCCAAGAAACGGUCCUCGGCGUCCUCCUCAUCCUCAACCUCGGCGCUUUCCGCGGCACAGCUGCGCGGCGCUCGAGAUGCUUGAGCGAGAAACAGUUGGAGGACAAGUUUGACAAGUUUAACCAGAGAAGAGCUCCCUAUUUGUCUCUCCUGUCGGAGCCGACGACUGCUCCUCGCAGACAGACUUGCGAGCAAGUCGCCCGGCAGACGUCGCAUAUGACACCGAGACACAGAGCUCUGUCGCCGUGGAGAUACAGGAUGGUUCUCUUUCCCCUAAGCAUCUAUCACGACCAACGGUUGCCUUAUAGCAUCGUCCAGGCCGAGUGUCUCUGUCAAGGCUGUAUCAUCAACCAGCAGGAGGACAUGAGCUACAAUUCUGUUCCUGUGUUCGCACCUCUCUUGGUGCUGAUCAAGUCCCGUUGUCUGAACGAUCCAAACAAAUACACACUCAAAAGGAAGAUCGUCCAAAUCCCGGUAGCUUGCACCUGUGUUGUUCCCAGGUCCUACUGAAUAACAAUAAUAAUAAUAGUAAUAAUAAUAGUAGUAAUAACAAUAGUAAUAAUAAUUCAGCGGAAAAGCAAGCCAGACAAAUAAAUAAAAUAGGAAUGGCAUCUUGAUGGUUAAGGACAGGCAUGGUUUAAAUAAUGUCUAAACCUGUGAUAGCAUGAGUGGAACCGCAGGCAGGAGUAGCUGUGAUGGAGCUCAAGCACGAGGCUCAAGCGACAGCGCCAAUGCCAGAGUGAUUUUCAUUUUACCUCACUGUUGCUAAAUGCAACGUAAGCACUAAACGUAGACUUCUUGAUAGGCAUAAGCUAAAAGAGGCAUGAUACGGGUCAAUAAUGUCAUUUCUCUUCUGCCCGUCAGCAGAUUAAGAUCUUUUAAAGUCGUGAGUGUGAUAAAAAAAAAAUCGCUCACCGCAUCUAGACACAGCGUGCAUGAGUCACCAUUUUUUUAGUUUAUCAGAAAGCACUACUCACGUGAAGGAGUCUUGAUAAAGUAUUUCUUUUUUUAAAGACGAGUUGCCAUUGACUUGAUAGACCCCCAUGAGGUGCUCUCUUUUUAUUUGGUGCUUGGAAAAUGAGGUGUUCUCUUCUGUGUUUAUUUUAUCAAUACUAUUUGUGUUUGGUCUAUUUUCAGACAAAAUAACAGAUUUUAAAGUUGCCUUUAGUUUCACAAGGCAGUUUCAAGGGAGCACUUUAAGACCAAUGUCGCUUAAAAAAGGAAGAAUUCUUAAGUAUUAAUUAAUAUUAUUUAAUUAAUUAAAUAUUGGUAGUAAAUGUAAGUGUUGCUCAAAAUAUCUUUUUGUGCACUUUAGUGUCCAGAAAGUAAGAGCUUUUUUUAUCUGAAGGUAGUGUAGACCACUGACAGAGAGGAAAUCACUGUCAAACUGUAAUUCAUUGAAGUAACCCCAGUUAAUCCAGUUGGGGUUACUUAUAUUGACUGUAUCUAUGAAGAUGUGAACUGAUCUUAUUGUGAGAGAUCAUCCUGUAAAGACGCAUACCAUGCGAGGUGCUCGACCAUGACUGUAGUCUGUGAAGUUGCUGACUUUCGGUG